AUGCUAGAUGAGAAUAAAUCAUUGGUUAAAGCAUUUCGUAUGGCUAAAGAUAGGUUCCAUGACUCAUCAACACGGUCGGUUAAGAUUCGAUUGAUUGGUAACCGAACCAAAGAGAGGAGACAGUAUAAUCUACAAACUGUAUCUGAAGUAGCUGCACUGAUUCCAGGUGAUGGUAGUCCUAUACAGUCUCGUGAUGUACUUAUUGAGGAUCGUGGUGAUGGUACUGUGCGAAGGAUAAGUGAACUGCAUCCAUCUUUUAUGGCGUUGCAGUAUCCGUUACUUUUCCCAUAUGGAGAAGAUGGGUUCCAUUUAAAUAUCCCUUUAUCGAGUAAUUCUACAUCGCACAAAAGAAAGAAUGUUACCUUGAGGGAAUAUUAUUGUUUUCGUUUGCAUUUUCGGUUAACUGAAGAGUUGCCUUCUCAGGAAAAUGACCCAGUUGCUUUUGAAGCUGUUCGUAGUCACAUGAUGCAUGGUCCAUGUGGCCAACUUAACACUUUAAGUCCAUGUAUGCACAAUGGAAGUUUUUCUAAAGGGUACCCUAAGGAAUAUUGCGAUGAAACUUUCAUUAGGCGUGAUGGUUGGCCCUGUUAUAAGAGGUCUAACGAUGGUUUGAAAGUUAAAGUUGGUAAUGAGGAUAUCAUGCUUGAUAACCGAUACGUUGUUCCUCAUAAUGUCGAUUUGCUUGUCAAAUAUGGUUGUCAUAUAAAUGUUGAGUAUUGCAACCAAGGCAAUCUGAUUAAGUAUCUUUUUAGUUACAUUAAUAAAGGCCAUGAUCGUGCCACUGUUGUUUUGGAAGAUGCAAUAUCGCUCGGUUGCAGUAGAAAGACUACCAUUUCAGAAGAGGAUUGUCAAAGAGUUUACUAUAGAGAAGAUGAUGAUAUUGCAGAAGUUUUGGAUAGGAGGGUAUCUGCGGUGUCUAAGUUUACUGAAUGGAUGAGAGAAAAUCAAUUAUACGAAGAAGCCCGAUUGUUAACUUAUUCAGACUUCCCGACGAAGUUUACAUGGCAUGAAAAAGGGGAUGUUAAGGAAUGGAGGCCACGUAAAAAUGGUUUGGUUAUUGGUCGGUUAUAUUUUGUAAAUCCAAAUGAAGGAGAAAGGUAUUAUCUUCGUAUGCUACUAAAUGUUGUACGUGGACCCUGCAGUUUUAAAGAUAUUCGCACUGUUGAUGGUGAGCAUCCGACCUAUAUGUCUGCUUGCAAAGCGUUGAGGUUACUAGGAGAUGAUGGUGUAUGGGUUGAGUCAAUCCGAGAGGCUUCCCAAUGGCAGUCAGGAAAGCAACUUCGAGAACUAUUUGUAACUAUUUUGUUAUUUUGUGAUGUUGCUGAUCAAGAAAAGUUUUUUUGGGAUUCUUUCCCGUUUUUAUCAGAAGAUGUUGCUUAUAAUCAACGUAGAUUGCUUGAUAAUGAAGAUCUAAUGUUAUCGCAUGAUGAGUUGGUAAACUACACUUUGCUUUAUAUCGAUGAUAUUUUAUAUGGGAAUUGUCGUUCAUUGGUUGAUUUCCCCAGUCUACCUCAGUUAAACCAUAGUUUGUUAAGUAUAGGUUCGAAUAGGUUAAUUGUUGCUGAGCGUACAUACAACGUCAAAGAAGAAAUAAGGAUUUUCAAUGAGCUUUACAGUGGUUUAAAUGUGCAACAGAAAGAAGUUUAUACUAUUAUAAUUAAUGCUGUCAAUGAAAAGACAGGUGAAGACGAUGGUACAUGGAUCACUAUACCUGAUGAUCUUCUUAUUCCUGUUGCUGAUAAUCCUAUUGAUGCUGUUACAUCCAUUGUAUUCCCAGAUAUUUUGAGUAGACUUAAUGACAUGUCUUACAUAAAGGAACUGUGA